CGGAAGACAGGGGGCGGGGCUUGUGUCAUGACGUCACGGGACGGGCGUUCGGGCGGCGGGAAGAAGAGGCGCGAGAAUGGAGGUGGAGGCUGUAGGUGAUGGCGACGGGGAGCGGGAGGCCCAGGACCCUGCCCCUGCCUCCAGCAAGGCCCCUGGGAGCUGCGGGCACUAUGAGCUACCGUGGGUUGAAAAAUACAGGCCAGUAAAGCUGAAUGAAAUUGUCGGGAAUGAAGACACCGUGAGCAGGCUAGAGGUCUUUGCAAGGGAAGGGAAUGUGCCCAACAUCAUCAUUGCGGGCCCGCCGGGAACUGGCAAGACCACAAGCAUUCUGUGCUUGGCACGAGCUCUGCUGGGCCCAGCACUCAAGGAUGCUGUGUUGGAACUCAAUGCUUCAAAUGACAGGGGCAUUGACGUUGUGAGGAAUAAAGUUAAAAUGUUUGCUCAACACAAAGUCACCCUUCCCAAAGGCCGACAUAAGAUCAUCAUUCUGGAUGAAGCCGACAGCAUGACUGACGGAGCCCAGCAAGCCUUGAGGAGAACCAUGGAAAUCUACUCCAAAACCACGCGCUUUGCUCUUGCUUGUAACGCUUCGGAUAAGAUCAUUGAGCCCAUUCAGUCCCGCUGCGCUGUCCUCCGCUACACGAAGCUGACUGAUGCCCAGAUCCUCACCAGGCUGAUGAGUGUUAUCGAGAAGGAGAGGGUGCCCCACACUGAUGACGGCCUGGAAGCCAUCAUCUUCACGGCGCAGGGAGACAUGAGGCAGGCGCUGAACAACCUGCAGUCCACCUUCUCAGGAUUUGGCUUCAUUAACAGUGAGAAUGUUUUCAAGGUCUGUGACGAGCCCCACCCACUGCUGGUGAAGGAGAUGAUCCAGCACUGUGUGAACGCCAACAUCGAUGAAGCUUACAAGAUUCUCGCUCACCUGUGGCAUCUGGGCUACUCACCAGAAGAUAUCAUUGGCAACAUCUUUCGAGUGUGUAAAACUUUCCAAAUGGCAGAAUACCUGAAACUGGAGUUUAUCAAGGUGGUGGAGGUUGCAGUGAGCCAAGAUCCCGCUGUUGCACUCCAGCCUGGCAACAGAGACUACGUGCAAAAAAAAAAAAAAAAAAUUACUAAACUCCCGUGGUUUUCAUGUUUGCUUGUGGGACGUCUGAGCCCCACCAGUGUUUGCAUUCAGCCCCUGCCUCAGCAACGGGGUGACCGGUCGGAAGGACCCAGAGAAGCUGAGGGCGGUACCUGACCGGUGUGGAGUUGACAUCUUAGCUGACUGAGCCUGGCCUACUUUGUCAGCAAUAAAGUGACCACGUGAAGCCUCGAGGAAAACCAGCUUCCUGUCCCUGCCGGCCUCGGCAGCCUGCAGGUGGGAAAGGCGAUUAGAUCGUGGACCCGCAGCUCAUCUCAGUUCUUUUAUUUCUUUCUGUUAUUUUUGUCACACACACACACUGCCUGGGUAUAAACUCAGUGCAUCUCAGUUCUUCCAGAAGUCUGAAGGGACUGCUUCCCUGGGGCCAGGGCAGGGUUUGCUGUCAUUUCCUAUUGAGACCGACUUCUCAGAAUGGCCAGGCGGUGAGCCUUUCCGAGUGGGGAAGUGCAGCACAGCCCUCGGGAAAACACCGCGCCGCCCUUCCUGUGUUCUAGAGGGUGCUUUUUGUGCUUGCUAUAAAUUCCCUGGAGAAUUGCA